AUGGCGCUCAAUGUUCGAAACAAACUGGGAUUCAUUGAUGGUACUAUUCCGAAACCAGCAGAUGGACAUCGCGAUUCGGGAUCUUGGUCCCGUUGCAAUGAUAUGGUAGCCAAAUGGCUCAUGAAUUCUGUCUCUAAGAAGAUUGGUCAAAGCCUUUUGUUCAUCUCUACAACUUCAGGUAUUUGGAAAAAUCUCUCUUCUCGAUUCAAGCAAGAUGAUGCUCCUAGAAUCUUUGAGAUUGAACAAAGGCUUAGCAAUAUCCAACAAGGUUCUAUGGAUGUUAGCUCGUAUUACACUGAAUUGGUGACUCUAUGGGAAGAAUAUAGAAAUUAUGUUGAGAUUCCGGUUUGCACUUGUGGAAGGUGUGAGUGUAAUGCAGCAACUCUAUGGGAAGAACUGCAGCAACGAAGCAGAGUUACAAAGUUCUUGAUGGGACUUAAUGAAUCUUAUGAGUCCAUUCGUCGUCAUAUCCUGGUUCUCAAACCAAUACCAUCCAUUGAAGAUGCUUACAACAUGGUGGCACAAGAUGAAAGGCAGAAGAUGAUGAAACCAUCGAAGCCUGAUAAUGUUGUUUUCCAGAGUUCUGGUCCUCAGUUCUCACAGGAAACUUCUGAACAAUUGGAUUAUGCUGCAUAUGCUAUUCAAAAUGGUUAUAGGCCAAAAGCGAGACCUGUUUGUACUCAUUGUGGACAGACAGGGCAUAUUGUUCAGAAAUGUUUCAAGUUACAUGGGUAUCCUCCUGGCUACAUACCUGGUUACAAAAGCCAAGGCCAACGAGCUCUAACUCCAACUCAGAAUCAGUUUCAACCAAGAGGACAAUUUCCCAACAAUUUUCAACCUCGAGGAAAGUUUGAUAGUCAACGACCACAAGUUGUGGCCAACGUGAUGAAUGACUCAUAUCCAUAUGUACCACAGCCGCCUUCACAGGCUAUGAAUCUGGACUUCAGCAAUAUGAACACGGAUCAGGUUCAGUCUCUCAUACAACAGCUGAGUGCUCAUGUCAAUGUUACAGAGAAGCCAGAGAGUCAUUCAUCAAAUACAACAACAACUGCAAGCAUUACCGAACAUGGUGUGAUGGCAGCUCAGUCAUCGUCUGGUAUCAUUCUUUUUCCCUCUAGUUCAUUGAGAUUUGAGAAUGAUAGACUGACAUUUCAACAUAAAUGCCUAUCCACACUUCAUAAAACUUUACCUCCUGGUUCUUGGAUAGUUGACAGCGGUGCCACUUGUCAUGAGUCUAUUCAGGGCUUGAUGAUUGGUAAAGGAAAUCUUAUUCACAAUCUAUACAUUUUACAGCUUGACAGUCCUGAAUCGUCUCCGUUAUUCACUGCUUCUUUGGUUCUUGAUGGACAUCUUUGGCAUCAACGGCUUGGCCACCCGUCAUCUGAAAAGUUAGCACAUUUGUCUAGUCUCUUACCUGCUUAUAAACAUAAGGUCAAUUCUGAAAAUAUAUUUCAUGAUACCAUCUUACCGUUACCAGUUCCUGCCGCAUUGGAUAACAUUGUUUCUACUCCUCAUGCAUCAUCUGAUACAUCUGUUACACAUCAUAUUGGUUCACCACCCAUUAUUCCACCUCAUGCAUCAUCUGCAUCACAUCUCUCUCUAGCAACUCAAGGAACCAACCUCUAA